CGUGCAUAUGGUUUUGUGAUGUUCUUUGGAUUUACAGCUAUGGGGGCUGAUGCACGUUCUUCGGUACAUAAGUUGUUCUUUUUUAUUAUAGAGUCUCUUAAAAAGCGUUACUCCACAGUUAAAAACAACCCAACACUUAUUUAGCUCGAUUAGCAUUCAGUACCUCACUAUGAUGUUCAAGAGCGUUUGGUUUCUUAGGCGAUUAAUGCAACGAUACGGUGGAGAUUCAAAACGGAGAAGUUUUGUCAGGUUGGCUUCAGGUGCGGCAGAGGGCGCUGCUGCUUCUGGUAGUAUAACAGCAGAACAGGCAGUCAGAAUGUGGGCGCAACAUUUCAAACAGCACGGCAUCUCUGAGCCUCUCCUCUCCAGUCAAUACAUUGUAGCUCAUGUUCUGGGCAGAAAAACAUUGGAAUGUGUAGAGAGGGGCAAGCUGAGAGACAAGCUGACAGUUAGAGAGAGAGAAAGAGUGUGGAAUCUAUGCUCCAAACGUCUUACAAGGAUGCCAGUACAGUAUGUUAUUGAGGAGUGGGACUUCAGAGACCUUACUCUGAAAAUGAGGCCUCCGGUGUUCAUACCCCGUCCUGAGACAGAGGAGCUGGUUGGUCUGGUUCUAGAGGACCUCCAGUUGAGAUGGGGGGAAAUGUACAGGACUGAUUUACGAUGUCUAGAGGUGGGCUGUGGAUCUGGGGCCAUCUCUCUAAGUCUACUACACAGCAUUCCACAGCUCAGGGUAUUUGCUUUGGACCAGAGCCAGACAGCAGUAUGUCUAACAACGGAAAAUGCAAGCAGAUUGGGUCUACAGGACAGACUAGAUGUCCGACAUUUAGAUGUGAUUAACGAUGCAGAUUCAAUUAUGAGUGAAUGUGGCCCUGUUCACUUUCUAGUCAGCAACCCGCCCUACCUGCUGAGUCAAGAGAUGAAGUCAUUGCAAACAGAAAUACUCCUGUUUGAGGACCACGGCGCAUUGGACGGGGGUUCAGACGGCCUGUCUGUUAUUCGCCCAAUUCUGGCUUUAGCCUCUAAGCUCUUAACAGAGCGAGGGCGCGUUUACCUUGAGGUUGCCCCAUGCCAUCCUCCUGUCAUUCAGAAGCUGAUAGAGGAGAGGAUGCCAGGGUUGCUUUAUCUGGAAACCCGCUGUGACCUCACCAACAGGCCCCGAUUCUGUAUUUUACAGAAGAAGGGAUAGAAUGACUGAAGCAAAGUAUGGAGAAAAACACAUUUGGAAAGGCUGGAGGCCGGGAGACGGUCACAGGGUAUACACACAGCUAAAAAAAAAAGGAGAGGAGACAUGAGAUUAAUUAGUAGAGACUCUACCUUUAGGAAUUGCCUGUUAAAGUGGCCUUUUUGCCAAAUUGCUUAUGGCACACUGCCAGUCCCUUCACUGUCCUGCUUGCUCCCAGCAAGCACUGUUUUUCUAAGAGUUAAAAACCUGGCUAAUCCAACCUUGUGGCUCUAUUUGUACAACAUACUGUUGUUAUAGCUUCACCAUUGGCUUGAUUUUUAUUGGUAAGCAAGCAGGUGUGCAUUGCUUUGGUUUGUUGUAAUGAGACUGCAUCAAUUGUGAGUGCGCCCAGUGUGCCAAUGUCAGGGUGCUUUAGAUAAUUAUUCAGGCCUUUUCUAAGAACUCCCCCUCCCAGCCCUGCACUAGUCUCUCCCUGGAAGUAAUGCGCUCAUUCUGCGAAACAGCUGGCCCAUUGCCGCUGCUCUCUCACUCAGCUAGACCACAAAGACAGACAUAGAGACAACAUGACUUGCUCCAUUACCAUAACCUAUAAAAGCACUCUGUAUCUGUCUAUUCUGUUCACAGAAUAGGUGAAAUAGAAUUUGACACGUACACAAGCUCAUUUUUGUUUUGGUAAUGUGUUAAUAAAGCCAUGUUUUCAUUUAUUUAACAUUCUUGUAGACCUCUGCGAUGUCAUUAGUGUUGAACACCUGUGUUGUUUACACUAAUACAUUUAUAUUUAAUGCUCCAAUGUGUCAAUGCUUACAGCUUAAUUUAGAAACUUUUUGAUAAAGAAACCUAAUAGAACCUUUUGAAGUGAUUUGUUCAAUUAAAUAAUUCUCACUCAGUACCCUUACUGAUACUGUUCUCAGAUUCAUUAUUUCUGUAUUGUUUUUUAUUACAUAUUUAGGUCACCAGAAAAUUUACAUAAGCUUGUGCGGCACUGGGAUCGAGUUUAAAAAAAAAAACUCUGCCUCAGUUUCUUGGAAAUAUGAAUCACGGUUUGCUGAAAGAAUGAUUCACUAUCGGGAAAAUGGGACGAGGAAACAAUGCUGUUAUACUGUAUUCCUAUACAGUACAUUUAUCAUAAAUAUCAUUAUUAAUAUCCUGUUAUACUUAUCAAUCUCAGAUAAAUGGUUUGGUAUUCAAAUAAUUUAAGUCCUGCCUAUUUGUUAGAUGAGAGAGUAUUCCAAUAUACUAAUAUAAAUGAUACAUUAUUGGUUAUUUUCUUUCCUUAAAAAAAAAAAAGCAUAAUAAAUUGGAGGUGAGGGGGGGGGUUCCAUAAAUAUUGUUAGAUUUUUGUAUAGGCUAUAUUAUAAUUUUUUAAUUACUUGCUACACAAUAUAAAUCAAAUUCCCAGAAAUAUGUAUGAGGUGCGUAGUCUAAUAAUAUUCUACAUGGUUGUACUCAUGUGCUCAACAAUUAUGGAUCCAUUCAUCAGAAAGCCAUCUAAUUUUGUACAAGGAGCACAUUUUGAGCUCGGAUGAUUAACUGAAGUGCAAAGCAAAUUCAUGCACAUUUGUUCAUCCAAUAAUCCUAUUAUUCUGUGAUUAGAACCCUGAAUGACCUUGUUCGAGACACUUACUGGAAGGCCAGUGCUUAGAAGUAGAGAUAGUCUGAUUGUUUGAUUCUCUGUAGUGCUAUUCUGUAUCUAUUCCCUUCUAUGAAAACAUUUCAUAAUUCUGGGUCACAUUAAAAUCUCCCUCUCUCUAGGUGAAGAGUGAAUAAUUGCCUGUAUUCAUCUUAACAGGCCCCUUUUUCCAUGGCUUUACGAAAUUGUAAU